CUGGCGAUGGCGGCGGUGCUUGUGGGAUCCAGCGUUAGGGUUCCCAGCGCGGCAUUGCUAGGUCACGCUCCGGGCGUGGUGGAGCGCGGCGCCGCGGCGCGCGAGGAGCGCCUCAAGCAAUGGCUGCGAGGUAUGACGAAGCACCGGCAGCUGGAUUUCGACACCAUGGGAUUCGGCCGUGGAAGGAAUGGAUUUGGGAUGAUCGCGUCGGGCGCGAUCGACAAGGGCAGUGUUCUUGCCGAGGUCCCGCUGCAAGCAUUCCUCUCGGAGAAGACGGCCGAGCGAUGCCUCCUCGUCGGACCGAUGCUGCGCAAGAAUGACUUCCGGCCAUGGCUGACAAUGUGCGCGCAUUUGCUCGUGGAGAGAUCCCGCGGCAAGGAGAGCUUCUGGCAUCCAUACAUCUCCGCGCUCCCGUCCGUGGAGGAGCUCUCGAUCAGCCACCCGCUGCUGUGGCCCGCCGAGACGAUCCAGGAGCUGCUCCAGGGAUCUCCGAUGCUCGAUACGAUCGCCACCCGUCUAAAGCUUUGCCAGGAAGAUCACGAAGCGCUGCUCACGGCCGGGAUCGAGAAGUUCCUCCCGGGUGGUGAAACUCUCAGCGAAGGUGACGUGAGAUGGGCCUCGGCUGUUCUUCUCAGCCGCGCCUUCUCGCUGGAGCUCGACGUGGACGACGAUUUCGACACGCUGUGCCUCGUCCCCUGGGCCGACAUGCUCAACCAUUGCAGCUCCGCCGGAGAGGAGUCGUGCCUCAUCUUCGACCAGGACACCAAGACGGCGAGCCUGGAAGCUCACAAGUCCUACUCGAAAGGUGACGAGGUGUUUGAUUCCUAUGGACCCGCACUCACCGGCUCGCAGCUCUUCCUCGACUAUGGCUUCGUAGACGACGAGAAUGAGAACUAUGCGGUGGAUCUGCCGGCGCAAGUCCUGGGCCCUGUGAGGAGCAGCGUCAACGCGGCUCUGCUCGAGGCGCUGGGACUUCCCGCCGGAGGCACGCUUGUUUCCAUCGUUCCGGAAGGGGUCGACGAGAGUGUUCUCGCGUGGACGAGGGCGGCCAUUGCGAGCCCCCGGGAGCUCUCCGCUGCCGGGUGGAAGUCCGAUGGGAAGUAUCAAAAGGCGAUUAUGUACUUCUCGGAGCCGAUCAACCGGGACAACGAGUGCGAGGUGCUGAGGCGAUUGAUAGCGGCGUGCGAAAAUCUGUGGAGCAAGUAUCCCACCAGUCUCGAGCACGACUUGGACGAGUUAACUGGUGGUGAAAGCGACAUGCGGACGACAACAUGGGCCAGGAAACAGGCUGCGCUGCGCGCCAUCGUCUGCGAGAAGAAAGCGCUCACAGCUGGGAAAACAGUUCUUUGCGGUUUUCUAGAGAAGCUGCGAGCUGGAGCGGCUUUGAAAUCGCUAUAUGAAGUUGACCGGGAGGAAGGUUAGCUAAAGUCCACGUCUUAUAGCGUGAACUGGAGGACAGAUUCCUGGGCGGAAAAAAAUAACACUCCAGAGCUCGAAGAGUCCAGGAGGAAAAGCAAGCAACUAGGCUGGAUGGAAAUCGUGCCGUGUCGUUUCGUGGCGAGUGACAAGAUCCGUAAGGUACUAUACGAAGACUAGCCGCAAGUGUGCACAACUUCUAGGAACGUUUGAAGUUCGACUGUUUGUGGCAACGAAAGAUCGAUCUGGAACAAGCGGCAAGAACCGAGAUGCCGCGGUUCAUAACUAUGGAGAUUUUGGAAAGAGGCAGGCAUUAUUGAUUGAGGCUGGAAGGGUGGAAAUCCGUGCACAAACCACCUCGAUGUUGCUGGAGUAGUGCAAAGGUCGGCUAUCUUAUAGGUAGCCACUAUUGACUGGACGAAGCUAGUGUUCUUCGUGGCUAUGGCGGUCGAGCGAGAGUACCGGUAGACGUGGGGGGAGAGAAUUUCGUUCGUUGUCAACUUUGAGUUGUGCGGCAUCAUCAUCAAUCGAUUGAAUAACACGCUGGUUGUGUGGAAUUUAGACUAAGUAAAUUGGAGGAUCGAUCGAUCGAUCUUGAGAAGGGGACGAGCAAGAAAGCAUUGAUCCAAAGCUAUGGAACCAAACGAUUUCUAUGGAGUUUUGUGAGGCAAGGAGAAUUUUCUCGGCCAGCACAUACGAGACAAGACCAUGGAACCACUCACAAAGAAAAGACGAAUCAAAGUGAGAUCAAACCAUAACAACUAUAUAGUAACAAAAAUCACGCACACAAAA